GGGUUCAAGGAGACCGCGGGAACCUCGGCUGUCAGCCCCGGCUCCUCCGAGGAGUGCGGCCCGCACGGCGAGAGCCCGUCGGGAGCCGGCGAGGCGGACUACUGCCGCCGCAUCCUGGUGCGAGAUGCCAAAGGGACGAUUCGGGAGAUUGUCCUCCCCAAGGGCCUGGACCUGGACCGGCCCAAGCGCACGCGAACCUCCUUCACGGCUGAGCAGCUCUACCGGCUCGAGCUGGAGUUUCAGCGCUGCCAGUACGUCGUGGGCAGGGAGAGGACGGAGCUAGCGCGGCAGCUCAACCUCUCCGAAACGCAGGUCAAGGUCUGGUUCCAGAACCGGCGCACCAAGCAGAAGAAGGACCAGAGCAGGGACUCUGAGAAACGCUCCACCUCCACCUCCGAAUCCUUCGCCACCUGUAACAUCCUCCGGCUCCUGGAGCAAGGCAGACUUUUAUCCGUCCCAGCCCCUCCCAACCUCCUCUCUCCGAGCGCGAAUCCCAUUGGGAGUCCUGCUGGGAACAGAGCCGGCUUAGCCACGCCGGGCACCACCUCGCCGGGGCUCGGCGGCGGCAGCGGCAGCCCCCCCGGGACGGGAGCCUUCAGCCUGCAGGUCCCGUCGCUGGCUUCGUCCUCCUCGCCGCGGCUGCCCGCCGCCCCGCUGUGCUUCGGCGGGCCGCUGCUGGGGAGCCUCCACGAAUUACCCAGCGCUUACGGACUGGGCAGCUCCGCUUUUGAGCCUUACACGCGGCUGGAAAGGAAAGACACUUCGAUACCCAGCAAGAAGCCGAGCCCUUAA